CACCGGUCGGACAACGCGUAUAUAUAUAAGUACAGCCGUUACGACUCUUGCACUCAGUAAGACACGCACGAGGUAAACACGUCGUCACGAAAUAUCGCAAAUCUUGGCAGUUCCGAGAGAAAAAGUGUCCGACGUUGCAGAGGAAUACUGGAAGGAAUCAAAUGCCUACUAACAGCAUGAACGUCAUCAUUUUGUUUACAUUGAUGGCAACUUGUGUGGCUACGCCGAUUUUCGUCGCUCAUCCCACAACAGUGCUCGCUCAUCCAGCUGUCUUAAUUAAUUCUGCUAUGGAAGAUAAUUUGCCUAACGAAUUGCGAAAUGAUUUUUAUAAAAAUUCCAACAUUGCAGCUGGUCUUGCUAAAGAGUCCUGGUUUAUUGAUAAAGAAUCACAGGUACUUGAUAGAGAAACAGAUAAAAUACCCAGGGAAAAAAUCUACAGUGUGCUACAUAAUGCCGGACUAGUUCGUAGAUAAUAUACAGACAAAAUAAACAAAUAUCCAAAUAUAUAAAUGUAUAAAUUAUACAAAUAUCCAGUAAAUGCGUUUUCAGCUUAAAAUUAGAAUUUCGAUAUACAUGCUUUUAACUCGCGUAAUAUUAUUUUGUGUGAUACAAUAUAAAAUACUGUUAAAACUUCUUCUACUGUCUUAAAUAAGUUAAUAAUUACCUGUGCUUGUAAUAAAAGGUAUUACAAGAAA